AAAGAGAUGAAUCAUAUUCAAUCUCUUGUUCAAUAAAGGUAAACCUAAAGGGGAAGAAAUCAAGAACCAUGUUAAGCGUUCCCUCUCAGCCACGACUUCGCGGGUCCUCGUUCGGCCUCCAGCGACGACGAAAGCCGCAUCGGGUCCGGAUGGAAGGCAACUUCCCGAUUUUUGCGCAAGCCAAGCCACCAUCCGAAACAGUGGACAUCUUCCAUGCUUCGCCAGAGGUCAGUUCGCAAGCUAGCAGACACGGAAGAGUGUUGAAGCCGCACGAAGCGGCAAGAGGUAUAGGUGGUACGAAGGUCGGAGAUCAUGAAGACAGGGAAGGAGAUCACGAAGCGUUUAGAUCUGGAAUUACGGGCACGACAAGGAGUAAAGG